AUGUCGGUGAUGAACAACGUAUCAGAAAACACGGCAUUAGAAACAAACAACGAGGUGGUUGUCCCCGUGACUUGCUCUUGUGCAGGUAGAUUCUAUCAAGCCAACACCACUUAUGUUGUUCAAAUCAAUGAUAGUUACUACACCAUAACUAGCAACAUCUUUUCGAGUUUGACUACUUGCAACGCCAUCCAAACUCAAAAACUUAGUCCAAAUAUUAUUGACAUAUUCCCUGAUGAAAGGCUUACUAUACCACUAAGAUGUGCUUGUCCUACAAGAGCGCAAGUUGGUGAUGGGAUUAGGUACCUUGUUAGCUUUGUCAUCUACACAGGCGAUAAUGUUGGCAGCAUCGCGACAAGAUUUGGAGCUGAUGUUGGGCAAACUCUCGAAGCCAAUGAUGUAUCUGAGCAGGAUUCUGUUAUCUAUUCUAAUACAACGUUUCUUGUUCCAUUACAGAACCCACCUAACACAACAGAUCUUGUUCUCUUAGGGAACGAAAGCGAUAAUAAUAGAUCAUCACAUAUUGCUGUUGUAGGAACAUAUAGAUAUUUGGAAGAGUUUAUUGAUGUAGAGUCAUUAAAAUUUGACUUCAAGACAAUAAGAAAUGCAACAGACAACUUCGCCCUACGAAAUAAACUUGGACAAGGUGGAUUUGGUGGUGUUUAUAAGGGUAAACUUCGUAAUGGACAAGAAAUAGCAGUGAAAAGGUUGUCGACAUACUCAGGGCAAGGAAUUAAAGAGUUCAAAACAGAGGUUCUUUUGGUUGAAAAGCUCCAACAUACGAAUUUGGUUAAACUUUUGGGAUUCUGCUUACAUCGAGAAGAAAUGUUACUUGUUUAUGAACUCUUGCCUAAUGCAAGUCUCGACAAAUUCCUCCUUGACCGGAAGAGACAACCAUCCUUAGACUGGGAAACCCGGUACAAGAUCUUACUAGGAACCGCAAGAGGUCUAUUGUAUCUUCACGAAGAUUCGAGACUGAAAAUUAUCCAUCGAGAUCUAAAAUUGAGCAACAUUCUGUUAGAUGAAAAUAUGAACCCAAAGAUAGCGGAUUUUGGAUUGGCAAGACUUGUAGGGAGGGAUCAAAUUCAAGCAGAUACUAGUAAGAUUGCUGGCACAUACGGAUAUAUGGCCCCUGAAUAUGCUUUGACGGGGCGUUUCUCAAUCAUGUCAGAUAUUUAUAGCUUCGGAGUAAUAGCUUUGGAGAUAGUAACAGGCAUGGAGGUUAUGGAAAGACGGUGCUAUUUUAGACUUGGUAGAUCCAAGACUUGA